AAAGCCUCGCAAACUCUACCAGACGCUGUUUUCUUUCCGAUCUCUCUCCCUCAUUUCUAUCACUCCAUCUCUCCAUCUUUUAGUGUUUGCGAUAACAAUGGCGAGUUCCAAUGCUGAGCGUAGAGAAGAGGAAGAGAACGUUGCAGGAGAUGACGAAGACACCGGAGCUCAGAUUGCACCAAUUGUCAAGCUUGAAGAGGUCGCCGUCACCACCGGCGAAGAAGAAGAAGAUGCAAUCCUUGACUUGAAGGCGAAACUCUACCGAUUUGAUAAGGAUGGGAACCAAUGGAAGGAGAGAGGUGCUGGGACUGUGAAGUUUUUGAAACACAAAGAGUCAGGGAAAGUUCGAUUGGUUAUGCGACAAUCGAAGACUCUGAAGAUCUGUGCUAAUCAUCUUAUUCUACCGACGAUGUCGGUUCAGGAACAUGCGGGGAACGAUAAGACCUGUGUAUGGCAUGCCACCGAUUUUUCGGAUGGGGAAUUGAAGGAUGAGCUCUUAUGCAUUAGAUUUGCAUCAGUUGAGAAUUGCAAAACCUUUAUGGAAAAGUUUCAAGAAAUUGCAGAAUCCCAGGUGAAGAAAGAGGAGAACAAAGAUGUCACUGCUGCUGCUGGACUUCUUGAGAAGUUGAGUGUGGGGGAUGUCAAAACUGAGGAAAAAGCUGAGAAAACUGGUGAAGAGGUUCCUGUCACGGUCAAGGAGGAGAAGGAAAGUGAUAGCGAGACAAAACCAGAUGUAGAAAAGAAAGAGGAACCACCUGCCGCAGCUUAGGCUGGAGGAGGGAGGUAGGUAUACUUGUCUAAUAGGAGUUAGUACUCUUCCUGGCCUUUUGCAAAUUUAUAUUUAUGCGGCUAAGUUUCCAUUGGAUGAGUAUGGGAUGGAAAUGGUUGUCUUUCAUUUUGGGGGAGGCUUGUCAAUAGUUUGUCGGACUUGGUCCAUUUGCAUGUCAAGGGGUUCAGGGUUCUGUUGGUGUGGAUGUCCAGUCAUGUAAGAAGUGAGCUUGAGGGGGAAUGGUAUGGCAAGGGUUUUUGUGGAGUAUUUGUUCAUUUUGGGUUUUAUAUGGGGUCUUUUAUCGGUAAGUUGCUUGUGAAGUUUCUCUUUAAAAGGUUGCCUUGCGCUAGAAUUUUAUUUUUCAGAACACAAAUAUUUGUUGGUGGCAUCUCUUUUGAUGAGUA